ACACAACUCUUGUGGCUUCGUUUUGGAUGCUGCAAGCUAGGGUCGGUAUACUUCCAAAUAAACGAAAAUGACAUGGUGAUAAGAAGGUGAGCCGUCGGUGCUAAUGAUGGUGCUGAUGGUAACGGAAAGAGCUGUGGCAUUGGCAUCGUGACCCUCGUUGUCUUCGUACUCUCACCACUGUCGUCCAAUGACUUGUAUCAAUUAUCUUGAAUCUUUUGGCGGCCCCGACUGUUGCUCGUCGGUCGGCACAUAUGCUAUCAGGGUCGAAACGUGGCGGCAAAGGCAGCCCUUUUCAGGCGAUUCCGUCCGACGUUGGUAAAAGGUAUACUCUCGUCGCAGCCACGAUGGCGGCGCUGCAUUAUACCACUCUCGACGUGUUUACAACGACGCCAUUUCGAGGAAAUCCAUUGGCAAUCGUCCAUCUAUCAUCUCCAGAGUCAUCUCACGUAUCGCAGCAGCAACGAGUGCUUAUCGCUCGCGAAUUCAGUUUUUCAGAAACAGUCUUCGUUCAUGACCGAGAAGAAUUACCAGACUCGGGAGCCGUAUUUCCCAUCUCCAUCUUUACCCCAUCCCAAGAGCUGCCAUUUGCUGGUCAUCCUACAGUGGGUGCAGGAUGUUAUCUGCUAUCGAAAACCGGCAAGGACAAGCUCACAUUACGGACGAAAGCCGGGGACGUAUUGGUAUCCCGCGAGGACGCGGGCGUGCGCUUGAAAGUACCUGUUGACUUCAAGGUGCAUACACCAUACUUGAAUGAUAUUCUGAAGGCGAAGCAGCCCGCCUUGAAGGAUAGCGACUACGUUAACGGCGUGGAUGGUGCAGAGCCGGUGGUUUCCAUCGUCAAAGGAAUGACCUUCAUCAUGGUCGAACUUUCUUCCGAAGAGGCGCUAGCAAAGUUACAGCCCUAUGCUCAGUGGUUCAGCUUGCCAGAUGAAUAUCUAGGAGACUGGAAGGGAGCAGGAGGACCUGCCAAGCUGUACGCGUUUGUGCGAAUGGCGGAUGGGACGAUACGGACUCGAAUGUUCAAAGGGAGCUACGAGGACCCCGCUACAGGGUCUGCUGCUUGUGCUUUGGGUGGCUGGUUGGGACAACAGAACGGUGAUGGCAACUGGGCAUUCAAACUUGUACAAGGGAUUGAGAUAGGUCGGCGAAGCGAAGUCAGGGUAUUCUCCAGUGUCUCUAAUGGAGAGGUGGCAUCCGUUGAGCUGGCAGGCAACGCAGUCCAAGUCAUGGAGGGAAAGAUGCAGAUAUCUAAUUAAGGGUAUGCCGAGAAGUGCGUGGAAUAUAUAUGAGCUACUAAAUCUAUAUGGCUGCUUUUCCGUGAU